UCCCAGCACCACGCACGUGACGAGCGCUGCCUGCGAUGACCUCAUCCCUGGUGUGGGAUGACGUCAAAUUCAAGAUGGAUGGAAUCACAGCGGCAGCGGCGGCUGCGGCGCGCGCGAGCCGAGUGUGAGCGGAAAGGAACCUGGCGCCUGCCUCGGAGCUGAAGAAAGAUAAGCCUGUGCAAUGGAGGGGCUAUUGCACUAUAUCAACCCAGCACAUGCCAUCUCCCUGCUUAGUGCCCUCAAUGAGGAACGCCUCAAGGGACAGUUGUGCGAUGUGCUCCUGAUUGUUGGGGACCAGAAGUUUCGAGCCCACAAGAAUGUUUUGGCUGCCAGCAGCGAGUACUUUCAGAGUUUAUUCACAAAUAAGGAGAACGAGUCACAAACGGUCUUUCAGCUUGACUUCUGUGAGCCAGAUACUUUCGACAAUGUCCUGAACUACAUUUACUCCUCCUCCCUGUUCGUGGAGAAGGGUAGCCUUGCCGCUGUGCAGGAGCUAGGGUACAGCCUGGGCAUCUCUUUCCUGACCAACAUUGUCUCCAAAGCUCCGCAGGCACCCUUCCCACUGUGUCCCAGCAGGAAGAGAGUAUCUGCAGAUGAGGAUGAGGCCAGCUCUCAAAAGCGCAGCGUCAUCGUGUGCCAGGGCAGGAGUGAAGCACCCGGGAAAGCUGUGGGUCUAAACCCGGCUGACCUCAGCCCUGUUUCCCGACUGUCCCCCAGCAUCACAGGCAAGAGCAACACUAGCAAGGUGCAUGGCCUGAAACCUGCAGAACCACUCCCCAGUCUGUCCUUGUCUGAAAAGAGCUGGCCAAAAGAUGGUGCCUCAGGGUUUUCAAAGUCCCUGGAGCAUCCUGUAGAGGACCCAAGUAGGAGCAGUUUGGUGAAGAGAAAUGCAGCACUGCCCUCCAAGCCUCCACAUGACAGAGAGGCCGUGGAUGACAGGCCAGGGGGAAGCAGUCAGCUUCCAAAGGGCAAAGCUAUAGAGCUGGCUUUGAAAAGGCCUCGGCCACCAGUCCUGUCCCUUCGCAGCUCCUCAGAGACACCAUACUUGUUAAAGGAAACUAGUAAGGGAGGAGGUCAAGGUGAGGAGAGAAACUUGUUGUACUACUCCAAGCUGGGCUUGGUGAUCCCAUCCAGUGGGUCUGGUUCUGGAAACCAAAGCAUUGACAGAAGCGGGCCUCUUGUGAAAAGCCUCCUCCGACGGUCCCUGUCUAUGGACAGCCAAGUCCCUGUCUACUCUCCCUCCAUAGACCUGAAAUCCCCCCAGGGCUCGCCUGCAGCAUCCAAGGACAUGCCAGGCAGUGUUUUCUGUACUUUAUCUCAAAAAACUUCUUUACAAGACUGCAGUGAAAGAAAAGCAGCCCUGGAAGACAGGCCUCCGGUGCUGCAGCCGCACCGCCUCAGGUCCUUUAGUGCCUCUCAGUCCACGGAGCGGGAGGGCGCCGCCCCAGUGACAGAGGUGCACAUCAAGACUGAGCCCAGCAGCCCCCUGUCAGACCCCUCAGACAUCAUCCGAGUCACUGUGGGAGAUGCAGCAGCUGCGGCUACGAGAGACUUGCCUCUGAAAACUGAGGAGGACCUGAAGGAUAUGAGCAGGCUUCCAGCCAAGAGGAGGUUCCAGGCAGACAGAAGGUCACCCUUUAAGAAGGCAAAGGUCAAUGAGCACGGACCCCCAGCUUCAGAUGAGAACUGUGAGGAUGGCCUGAGCCCUCCUCCCCUUGAUGGCGAGUUCCCAGAUUCUGACUUGAACAAAGACGAAUUUGGUGAGUUGGAGGGGACGAGACCAAACAAAAAGUUUAAAUGCAAACAUUGCCUUAAAAUCUUUAGAUCAACAGCAGGUCUUCACCGCCACGCUAACAUGUACCAUAACCCAGAGAAGCCCUACGCUUGUGACAUCUGUCACAAGAGGUUUCAUACCAACUUCAAAGUGUGGACACACUGUCAGACCCAGCACGGCAUAGUGAAGAACCCGUCCCCAGCCGCGAGCUCCCACGCGGUUUUGGAUGAGAAAUUCCAAAGAAAGCUGAUUGACAUAGUGAGAGAGAGGGAGAUUAAGAAGGCCCUGAUCAUUAAGCUGAGGCGCGGCAAGCCUGGCUUUCAGGGCCAGAGUGGCUCCCCAGCGCAGCAAGUCAUCAAGAGGAACUUGCGCUCGCGAGCCAAAGGCGCAUACAUUUGUGCUUACUGUGGAAAAGCAUACCGCUUUCUCUCUCAGUUUAAGCAGCACAUAAAAAUGCACCCGGGAGAAAGAGCCCUCGGAGUAAAUAAAGUUGCUAAGCCAAAAGAGCAUGCUCCUCUGGCCAGCGCGGCAGAGAGCAAGGAGCUUUACCCGUGCCGCCUCUGUAAUGCUAAGCUCUCUUCUCUUCUAGAACAAGGCAGCCACGAGCGCUUAUGCCGGAACGCCACGGUUUGCCCUUACUGCAGCCUCAGGUUCUUCUCGCCCGCCCUGAAGCAGGAGCACGAGGACAGGUGUGAGUACAAGAAGCUGACCUGUCUGGAGUGCAUGCGCACCUUCAAGUCCUCCUUCAGCAUCUGGCGGCACCAGGUGGAGGUGCACAACCAGAACAGCAUGGCCCCUGCUGAGAGCCUCUCUCCACCCACACUGGACCACAAUGGUGAGCUGCCAGCUACCACCCGGCCCCAAGCCCAGCCUGAGCCCAGUAAGGUGAACCACAUUGCUGCCCCACCCAAGGAGGACACUGCGCUCAGCGACUCUUCAGAGCAAGUAAACUUCGACUCAGAGGACUCCUCCUGUCUUCCUGAAGACCUUAGCAUCUCCAAGCCACUAAAAAUCCAGGUGAAGGAAGAACCCUCUGAGGAGGCCGAGGAGGAGACACCUGAGGCCAACACAGCCACCCGGGACUCAGGCCCCAGCAGGGAGGCUGGGCUGUGGCCCUGCGAGAAGUGUGGGAAGGUGUUCACGGCACACAGGCAGCUGGAGCGGCACCAGGAGCUCCUGUGCUCUGUGAAGCCCUUCAUCUGCCAUGUGUGCCACAAGGCCUUCCGCACCAACUUCCGCCUCUGGAGCCACUUCCAGUCCCACAUGUCUCAGGCUGCAGAGGAGCCCGUGCAGAAGGAGGUGGAUGUGGGCCCUGUGCCUACCAAUUCCCCCUCACCACCACCCCUGCCACCACCACCUCCUCUGCCCAAGAUCCAGCCUCUGGAGCCUGAUAGCCCCACGGGCCUACCAGAAAACCCAGCCCCGGCCACUGAGAAGUUGUUCGCACCUCAGGAGUCAGACACCCUCUUCUACCAUGCACCACCCUUGUCGGCAAUCACUUUCAAGAGACAGUUCAUGUGCAAGCUCUGCCACCGGACAUUCAAGACUGCCUUCAGCCUUUGGAGCCACGAGCAGACGCACAACUGAGACCCACUGUGGACCACGUCCUUGGCGACUGAGUAUUUUUCAAAUAAAGGCUGGAAAUUGUUAUGCUUGAAUUUAGGCUUGAGAUAAACUGAUAACAAAUAGAAAAGUCCUCAUGCAACUUGAAAAAUAAACUGAAAUACCACAGUUCUGCCCCUCUCAGUGACUAGGGGUUUGACUUCAUUGCUGUUGAAAUUGGGUGAAUUUUGAUGAAUUGCAUGGUUCUUCAUUCCGAGGUGUCAGCAUAAUCGCUUAAUUGAGGUUUUUGUUUUUCUUACUCAUUUGUAACUAGCUUUGGGAAUGCUAGCAAAGUAUUCCUUCCUUUGCUUAUCUCAGACACCUAAUUCUAAUUCCAUUUUAGCCAUGUUCUUAAGACCAAAAAUAUCAGAAAGAAGUGGAGUCAUUGCAGUAUUGUUUUAGAUCUUAAUAUACCUUAGCAAUAAAAAAAGAUAAACCUCAACAUUAAUAAAUUAUCCUGACACUUGAUAAAAACAAAUAUUUGGUAUUUUGUGGUCAUGUAGAACUUUUUUUUGUAUGGAAAUGGUAAGAAAUUUAAAUCAGCAAUAGACAUACUUAAAGUUUUAUAAGAUAACAGACCUCGGCCUUGGUCACUUAGUGUAAGAAUGACGGUUGCGCUGUAAGAAGACAGGGAUAAAAAGCAGUUUGCAGGGUCCUGCUUGCACUGUCCUGGGCAGUUGCUGCCACAGGCGUGUUCUGAACCCAUGUGCGGGCUCUGUAUCCACCAUGCCCAAUCCUGGUUCCCACCCCAGGGAAGGACAGUGUCUGGUGUCCUCUGAUUCAUGCUGUCACAAAUUGAAAAGCUGAGUAGUUGGGACAGAAAAACCAAAGCUGAUGUGUGGCACUCACUUGGAGUCUCAUGCUAUGACAGAUGAGUGAGGGCAUGUGCUUAGAUAGGACAGCCACUCUGUACCCUGAAUCCCUGCUCCCCUGAGCCUGCACAGUGGGUGGUUCCCUACAGUGCUAUGCACUGUCCUGGAACAACCCACACAGUGCCUGUGAGUUCCUGCCCACCUUGCAGGUGUGGGCUCUGCAGCCCAUCUCGUCAGCUGUGAACUACGGCUUGAUGCCCAGAAAUAAGCAUGAAAGCACUUAUGCAGGGUCCAAAGUUAGCUUUGCUACUUACUGUGGUCCAGAUGGGUUGGGGGGGGGGGGAUUUUUGUCUUUUGUAUACGUUGUAAUUAGAAGAGUUUUAGAAAGUGUUAUCCAAAGCUCAGCGGUGUACUUCAAAAGGAAAAACUUAACUUCACUUGUGUGGGGAGGGUUACAUAAAGAAAUAUUGAAACAACAAAAUCAUUUUAAGAUAGGGACACCGAUUAUGACUCCGAGUUUAUACAUAUUUUUUUACCAGCUGUUCUUUCAAAUUGAAGUUAACUACUGAUAGAGAAGUUUGUGCUCUAGCAGAAAAAAACCCUACUCAUCAUUCUUGUUACCAACAUUCCAUACCAUUCAUAAGAAAGAUACUCUUUAUCGAAACAGCAUUUUUAUAAACUACUAAUUGACUUUGUUUAUUAUAGAAACUAUAUAUGAAAUUUUGCCUUUUAUCCUUCCACUUGAAAAAACUAUCAAAAAAUUCCAAAAUAUUUUAGUACUUACUUUCUAUUUUGUUCUUCAAUUUGAUGGAGAAAGGGAAAAUAAAAUUAGGUUGCAGUUACUGUUAUCUAUUUCUUGAAGAAAUCUAUGCAUUUUGAAGACAAAACUGACCUUUCAUGAAGGCAACAUCAUGAUGGGGGUUGUAUGUGAACUCACUCUGUGUCAUUAGUGUCUCUUGCUCUGAACACCCUGGCUGUGUCACCUCUUCUAGAGGGCAGUCCCUGAGUCUCAUCUGCACGACUGUCACAGGCUCUGGAAGCCCUGUCACACCUUCCGUCUUGGCAUUGUACAUUCACUAUCCCAGGACUUGAACCUUUAGGCUACAUUUUUGAAGGUUUUUUAAAUAACUCUUAAUCAGUAAAAAAUAUUUUUGAUCAAAAUAUAGGCUCUGCAUAUCUGUUAGAUUUUAAAAAUUACCAAUGUUUUUGUCCUGUUCACACUUUUGUCUAGGCAAGAAAUAUAAGAUUUGAAAUGAAAUUUUGAACCAAAAACAUUUAUAAAUGCAGUUCUGGUUUUUCUAUUACUUUUUAUACUGUACCUUAAAAACAUUAGGCUGAAAGAGUUUAUUUUGGUGGUCAAAAAAAAAAGCUUCCACUGGUGUAACUAUUUUGAAUGUUAAGUAGGAUAAUGAAAGACACAUUAAAUGCUUUUUGUAAAGAAUGUUUAUCUUGGCCAGUAGGCAGAUACUUGGUGUAAAAUAAAUUGGUCUUUCAUCUUUGCAACUCUUUAAAUAGUAAAAAUAUUCUUGUAAAUGUUUUCUUCUGAUUGUGAUUAAUUUUUAAAAAGGUAGAAAAUUCAUUAUUCCUUGUAAGUAUUCAGGAUGCCUGCUUUUUUAUGCCAUUGUGAAAGAAUGUAAAAUGUUUUAAUAUAUUCUGUUACCCUGAGAAUUUUUUUUUUGGUUUUUUUUUUUUUUUUUGGUGGAUGGAGGGAGUAACAAAAUGUGUUUUUAUUAUUCAGAGUAAGCAAUGGAGGUAACAAAUAUUGUACAUUUUAGUUGUAAUAUUUCAAGAUUAAUAAUAGAACAUUCAUCUUUAAGACUAGUAUAGAUUUAGUUUUUCCAAAAUGUACAAUUCAAUAACAACAUUACUUACAUUUGUGGGAAGAUGUGCGUCCUUGGUUUUCUGUUUCUGAAGAGGUCUUGUUGUUGUUUUGCCUUUUUGAGACAGGGUUUCACUAUGCAGUUCAGGCUGGUCUUGAACUCACU